UUUUUUAGUUAUUUUUCUAUUAUUUCUAAGAAAAAAUGAAAUUUGUUUAUAUUAUAAGCGUUGGUAGUUAAAUUUAAGUAUGAAAUAAAAGAGUUUUAGAAAUUAAAUACGUUUUUCAUUGGUGAUUGUAACUUAUGUGUUCAGUUUAUUCAGUUCAUGUAUAUGUACAUGUGAUAGCGUUCAGUGUGAAUGUAGUGCUCCGGUAAAUUAAUCAAAUACCCUGUAAAUAGUACAUAUUGUAGCAAUAGAGUGCAAUAUUUUUGAUUGCAUUAGUCAGCGAGAGACUUUGAUAAAAAAAGAAUCGUUUUUUCUUGUGGUUUUAAUGAGAAUCCGGCAACGGUUUAUGUUUACAACUAACGGAGACCAAAUCAUAAUGCAAUUAGUUGGCGAGUGCAAAAGUCAGUGAAGAGGAAACACGGCAGACAAACAGUGAACGUGAGAAAACUGGGAAAAAUGUUGCUUGGCAACAAAAUUCAUCGUGGCUCUUGGAAUUGUAGAGACAUCCCUGGAACAGCUGUCUCUAAGCGCAGUUUACGCCCCACGUCCGCACACUCACACAGACUCAACAACACCAACGAAUUGAUGUCUCACUAUCACACGGAAAAGACUCUCAUCCAAUCCCAGAUCGAAAACAAUGAUAGGCUUCGUGUUUCGCACUUGCAAUCGACUCGGCAAGAAAUCAUGUUACGUGGUGACUCGUAAUUCAUCGAGUGCAAAGCCUGAACUGACAUCAGUCAGGUAUAAAGUGGAGCGAGGACCUUACGCCACAUUGACUGAAAGUCAUGUCAACUUUUUCAAGAAUCUUCUCGAAGAGAAUAGAGUCAUCACGGAUUCGGAAGAAUGCGAAGGCUACAACAUUGACUGGGUCAAAAUGGUCAGGGGAAACAGCAGGCUUGUUUUGAAACCAAAAACUAGAGAAGAAGUAUCAGAAAUUUUGAAAUACUGUAACGAUAAUCGUCUUGCUGUUUGUCCACAAAGUGGAAACACUGGACUCGUUGGCGGAAGUGUUCCAGUUUUUGAUGAGAUUGUUGUCUCUAUGCGCCUCAUGAACAAAAUCAUCAACACUGAUGAAAUGUCUGGUGUGGUGGUUUGCGAAGCGGGAUGUAUUCUCGAAACUUUGGAAGAGCAUAUGAACAAAGUGGGCUUAAUUAUGCCUUUGGAUUUAGGAGCAAAGGGUAGUUGUUUGAUUGGUGGUUGCGUUUCUACCAACGCCGGUGGUUUGAGAUUACUUAGAUACGGAAAUCUACAUGGAAAUAUUCUAGGACUCGAGGCUGUGAAAGCUAACGGAGAAGUUGUUAAUUGUCUAAAUACUCUUAAGAAGGACAAUACGGGUUACCACAUGAAGCAUUUGUUUAUUGGAUCAGAAGGUACUUUGGGAAUUGUUACGAAAGUUGCCAUUCAAUGUCCACCUUUACCCAAGGCAACAAAUGUCGCAUUUUUAGGACUGGAAAAUUUCGACAGUGUGUUAAAAGCAUAUUGUUUGGCGAAAGCCGAAUUGGGCGAAAUUCUAUCUUCCUGUGAAAUGAUUGACAGGCUUUCGUUGGAGGUAUGCACCAAGUACCUUCGUUUACAAAAUCCUUUAGCAUCGGGUGGCGAUGGUCAUAAUUUUUACAUGCUAAUUGAAACAGCUGGAAGUCAACUUGCACACGAUCAAGAAAAAUUGACGAAUUUCGUCGAAAAGGCAAUGAACGAGGGUAUCAUUGUCGAUGGCACCAUGUCCUCAGAGCCAUCUAAAAUGAAGAAUAUUUGGGCUCUACGAGAAAGAAUUGCUGAAGGCAUCAUGCAUGAGGGUUACACUUAUAAAUACGAUGUUUCAUUGCCGCUGAAGAAUUUUUACAAAGUUAUCGAAGUUCUUCGUCAACAUCUCAAGAGUCCUGAUAUACGAAGAAUCAGUGGUUACGGACAUUUGGGUGAUGGAAAUAUGCACGUGCAAGUUUCCGCAAAAGAGUACAGUGACGAUAUUGCUGCUCAAUUGGAGCCUUUUAUUUUUGAAUUUAUCUCAAAAGUAAAUGGAAGUGUCAGUGCUGAGCAUGGAAUUGGAUUUAAAAAAACAAAGUUUUUACAUUAUAGCAAAGAUAGUUCUGCUAUCACACUUAUGAAGCAGAUUAAACAAAUGAUGGAUCCUAAGGGGAUCUUAAAUCCUUAUAAAGUUUUAUAUCCUUUAUAAGUACAUAUAGAAAUUGACAAAUUGAUUUAUAUAAAAAUUUCAAUUUUUCGAGAUUAUAUUUUUCCAUUAUUAAUUUAACGUCAAACAAAGUCUGCGAGAUUUUAAUGAGAUUUGAAAAAUUGUUUGCAAACAACUCUACAAAUUUUAUUAAAGUAUUUUAUUUAGUUUUCAAUUUUAAUCGAACUUUUAGCUAUAUAGAAAAAACCCAUUGGG